UGCAGUGUAUAUUAUAAAGGUCUGGACGAGCGAGGGGCACUUUUUCAUGUCAUGUCCAUGUGCAGCAUGAGAGAGCUGGUGAUAUUAGCAGCGUUGGUCUCGGCUCUACACGCAGCCAGCCUCCUGACAGGCACUGAUGUGGUAUAUAAGUGCCAAAAAGAUCAGGACAAGAUUGCUACAUUAGAAGCUGAGAGCUUUAUUAAUGACCAUCACCGCCAUGGAUACAAAUUCAAAUUUGUCUCACAGGACAGUCGCAGUGCAGAGAAGAAGACUGAUCCUUGUGAGGUCGUCUUGGGAAUAACUCUAGAGGAAACUGAAUGCCACAUCGUGAAUCCCAAACCUUUAGAUCAGUGUGAGACUAGAAAGGAAACACAGACGAAAGUGACAGCAAAAUGUAAUGUGACUGUCUCUAGUGUUGAGGGAAAAGCAGCUGUGAAGCGCUACAUCUGUGACACCGAACCAGCUUCACAUGAAAUACUUGUGACAAAAUGCCCUGACUGCCCCGGUCUGCUGCCCUUGCAUGACCCGAAGGGUCUGGAGAGUGUGAAAACUGCCCUGCAGAAAUUCAACAAAGAAUCUGAUCACAAGUCUUACUUUAAACUGAUGGAAGUGGGGAGGAUCAGCACCCAGUGGAUGUUUUCAGGUCAGAGCUUCUUUUCUCAGUUUGCCAUUAUGGAGACAAACUGUACAAACAAGGAGGCACCCCAGAAUGAAGAAUCAUGCAAGGCUUUAUGUGGGGAGAAGGCUCGGUAUGGCUUCUGUAAGUCCACCAAGGUUGGAAUUGAGGAACCAGAAGUGGAAUGUGAAAUUUAUGAAGCUAAGAACAUAACUCAUCCAUGGAAACACCCUGCUCAGUCAAGAAGAGACUGUAAAUUCCAGGGUUUUCCACCAGGACAUCGUCCAGGACAUGGUCCCCCUCAUCGCCCAGGACAUGGUCCCCCUCAUCGCCCAGGACAUGAAGGCCAUGACCACAAGGACAAAACACCAGAUCUAAGAGGGCAUCCAGAACAUGCAGGCCGUGACCCCAAGGACAAAACACCAGAUCUAAGAGGGCAUCCAGAACACGCAGGCCGUGACCCCAAGGACAAAACACCAGAUCUAAGAGGGCAUCCAGAACACGCAGGCCGUGACCCCAAGGACAAAACACCAGAUCUAAGAGGGCAUCCAGAACAUGCAGGCCGUGACCCCAAGGACAAAACACCAGAUCUAAGAGGGCAUCCAGAACACGCAGGCCGUGACCCCAAGGACAAAACACCAGAUCUAAGAGGGCAUCCAGAACAUGCAGGCCGUGACCCCAAGGACAAAACACCAGAUCUAAGAGGGCAUCCAGAACAUGCAGGCCAUGAUCACAAGGGCCAUCCAGAGCAUCCACAGCUCUGUUCAAGAGGCCCUUCAGGAGUUCCAGAAUCAGUGCCUGAAGGCCGCCAUGAGUUCCCAUGCCAUGGCUUUGUAAAAAUACCCCCCUCUAUUUAUCCAAUCUGCCCCUUCCCUCCACCACGUCUCUGCAGAGGCCCUCCAGACUUGAUACAUCCUCCUUCACCUCCUUCUCCUCAGUAAUUAACACUAAAAUCUAUGGAGGAACAUUCAGAUUUCAUCCCAUGUUGCAGGGUUUGAAAGAGUAAACAUAAAAAAUUGAACAACACAAGAGUGUUAAUGUCUUCAGAAUGUUCAGUCCAAUAAAUAUUCUUUACUGA